AUGUUUAAGCAGGAUCUGGCAAAAGUACUUCGGCAAAGAAAAUAGAAGAAUUUAUAUGGAAAUUACAUAAUAAAAAUUAAAAAAUUAGAAAUCAAGUGCUUAUACCUGUUUAUAUCUCUUUACCUUCAAUUAAAAAACCCAGUUUUUCAAGCUGUUGAAGAGACACUUCGUUAAAAUGAGUAUGGUUUUGACGAACUUUAAUUAAAAGAAUGCAAAGAGAUUUUAGAGAAGAAAGAAUUCAGAUUUUUAUUGAUAAUGGAUAGCUAUGAUGAAAUGAAGCUAGAGAAUAUUUUGAAAAAUUUAUAUAUGAAUAACAAAGUCAAAUAAAAUUGGUCAGACCCGCUUGUCAUUUUUACCACAAGAAGUGAAAUUUUUACAAGUUGUAAUUAUGCCUUUUGGUUUGCUCCUGGUAAUAAGGAAAAAUUUAAAGGAAAUUCAGCUUUAAAAAUUUAAUCCUGA